CUGAACACAGCUGACACCAUGGCAAGUGAAACUCCUAUUUCCAAGGCAAACAUCACUUUUGCCCUGAAUCUGUUUAAAACCCUGGGUGAAAAUGAUCAUUGCACCAAUGUCUUCUUCUCUCCUCUGAGCAUCUCUUCAGCUCUGUCUAUGGUCCUCCUUGGGGCCCGAGGCAACACAGCGGCACAGAUGUCAGAGUGCCUCAAAACUAAAGACCUCUCCGAUGACGUGCACUCCAGAUUUGGCACUCUUCUGCAGGAGUUUCACAAACCUCAUGCUCCCUAUGCCCUCAGCGUCGCCAACAAACUGUAUGGAGAGCAGAGUUUCCAGUUUGUUAAGGAUUUUCUGGGAGCCACUCAAAAGUACUACAAGGCAGAGCUGCAGACUGUGGACUUCAAAGGGAAAUCUGAGGAGGCCAGAGUCACCAUAAACAAGUGGGUGGAGCAGAAAACACAAGAUAAAAUUAAAGACCUUGUAGCCAAGGGUAUGGUGAAUAGCUCGACAAGCCUUGUUCUUGUCAACGCCAUUUACUUCAAAGGAAACUGGGAUGAACCGUUUGAUGAAGACUCUACUUGUGAUGAUCAGUUCUGGAUAAACAAGAAUGAAAGUAAACCAGUGAAGAUGAUGCACCAAACAUCCUGGUUCCCCCUCAAUUUCAUCAGUGAGAUCAACUGUCAGAUUAUAGUUUUGCCUUACGAAGGAAAUGAGCUCAGCAUGCUCAUCUUUCUGCCCAGCAGUAUUGAAGAUGGUCUGGAGAAGCUUGAGCAGCAGCUAACCUAUGAGAACUUUAUGAAGUGGACCUGUUCUGACAUGAUGGCCAAGGUGAAGGUGCAGGUGGGACUCCCUCGAUUCAAGAUGGAGGAGAAUUAUGACCUGAAAGACGUGCUGAUCAGUAUGGGCAUGGUGGACGCCUUCGACAUCAGCAGCAGUGAUUUCUCUGGCAUGUCUCCAGCCAAUGACCUGUUUCUGUCUGCGGUGGUGCACAAAGCUUUCGUGGAGGUGAAUGAAAAAGGCACUGAGGCCGCUGCCGCCACUGCAGUUACGAUGAUGGUAGGUUGUGCAGUGGGUAGCCAGCCCGCCCGCUUCAUCGCAGAUCAUCCCUACCUCUUCUUCAUCAGACACAACGCCUCCAACACUGUCCUGUUCGCUGGAAGAUUCUGCUCCCCAAAGUAAACUAUUAGCAAACACUUAAACCCAAGAAAGGAAAGUUAGUUCAUUAUUUGGAACUAACUGUACAAUAAUCCAUUUGCUCUAGACCUUGCAUUAUCCAGUGGUGGAAUGGAACAAAAUAAAAGUAGUCAAGUACUGUACUUAAGUAAAAAAUGUAGGUAUAUGUACUUUACUUAAGUGCAUACAUUUGACUUUUACUUUAGUAUAUUUGAGAGGAGGUAUGUGUACUUUCUACUCCACUAGAGACAGACAGACAGACAGACAGACAGAUAGAUAAACAAUACUUUAUUGAUCCCCAAAGGGAAAUUAAAUGCAUUUUUGAACAGGACCGAAAAGUAAAAGCAUUUUUUUUAUUAUAAUUUGAGAUAGGCUGAAAAGGUGGAGGGAUUUAUUUUGAACACAUUUGUAGCUUGAGCAAACGAAAAUAAAAACAACUAGGAAAAAAAAAAGAUUGUUUCAGUUCCUGAACAAGACAAAUCUUUAUCAAAAUCAUUACAUUCAGACCUCAAAAUGAGCAAAACACUUUUACUUUUUACUCUUUAAGUACAUUUUUACUGUUUCAUGUGAUACUUUUACUUUUACUUGAGUAUAUUUUUGGUCUGGUAUCUGUACUUUUAAUUAAAUAACAAAACUAAGUACUACUUCCACCACUGGCAUUAUGUAUGUAUCAGUCACCAGCCUUCAGCAACUUUCACCAACAUGCCUUUAAACUCCUAUAAUUGUUGAUAUUCUUUUCAACUUUUGCACUAGCUUUGAAGUUACCAAAAACAGAUGGCUGCCUUACAAUGCUACACGUACAAUGUCAAAUUUCACAUGAGCAACAAAACAACAUUGCAAAUAACAAAAAUCAUGGACAGUUGACCAGUAAUAUGCACUCCUCGAAGAACCCCUGGAAAAACCCUGAAAGAACCAUUACAUUUUGACGUCCUAAAAUCCCAACAUUUUUAAUAUUACGUCAAAUUAAAUGUAAAAAAAAAAAAAGUACUGUUCUUGUCUUUAACCUGUUUACACAAUUUGUCUGAAUGUAUCACUGAACAAAUGGAGAGGUUUUGCAUUGUAAAGUAUGGGUGCUUCAUCUUAUCUGUUGGCCUGUAUGUAUGACUUUAUUGACUAUAUGCUGUACGCCUUUACUAAACAGCCCUCUUUAUCUUAUAGCGUUCACCCACUCAAAGAAUUCAUCUACACUGCCUUGUGUUUUAUCAUGUGCACUUUACCUGUAUGUAUACCAACACACUGUUGUUCACACAUAGAGGAUUUUAUGCAAUGACAUUAAAGGACUGCACUGCCUGGCA